AUGGUAUCAGUCUGCGAGCAUGAAAGACCCGAAGCUUCCGGUCUGACAUCCACAGCUUGCGACAUCACGCACCUCCCCUUCCCUCCUGAGGUCACUAUCCUCAUAUACGACUACUACACCGAUGUCCCACUUCCCGGUAGCCGCGAGUACACCGAUCUCCUCUGUCUCGACCGAACGACUUUCGCGAAAAAGAUCAGCGGCCUCUAUGAGGAUAUCAUUUUGAGUUCAAGGAAUGUGGAGGCAUUCUUUCGGUCGUGGAGGGAAUGGUAUGCGAAGGCUCUGGGACCACCGGACCCAUGGGACUUUCGCCGCCCUGCACCGAGCGAUAUGUGUCACAUCCGCUCCUUCCUCGCCAACACCCCCAUCCGGCAACUCACCUUCGCCGACACCACCGCCCUUACCACGACUCUUCAGUUCUACCAUGACUGGCAGACAUCUAUCUGGUGUAAAGCUCGACUAUCCUCCCCACAUGUCUCUCCCGGCAAGAUCUUCCUCCAACUUUCGAGGGUAUCUUUCCUAGCCCCUUCCCUGGGUCAAUCGUCCAGUGAUCACGGGCUCUGGCCGAACUUUGGAAGUUUAUCCACAGGUCUUUGGAGAUGGGUCAGCACUAAUUCUGUCUCCCUCCAAGUACCGAAGCAGCCUCUGGAUCAUGGAGUGGUUAGAGCCAUGUCGGAGUAUCUCAAGUGGCAAGAGAAAGCUGGCUUCGAGCUUCUCGUGCUUGACUGCGCGGUACCUCAGGACCUGCCGUGGGCGCCGAUUGUGGAGCGGAUGUCUGUGAAGUAUAUCAUGAAAGGAAGGGAGCUUGAAGACAGACUGGGGGACAAGGACUCUGUGGCUCUUUACAAUCUGAGCCCUCGAGAUGCCACUCAGUGGUUGAUGGAUCUUGCCGAGCGCAGCUUGUCUUAUAUACCCAGUAUAUCAUCUUCAGUAUUGUAA